AUGAGAAAUUCUGAUGAUCAUGAUUUAACUUACUAUUGUAAUAACUAUAACUUUAAAACCACUAAAUCAAAUACACAAAAACACCAAUCACAACAAACCACUUCAUCUAUUCAAGUAGUAGAUGGUCAUAUUGUAGUUUUAGAAAAACAAGAGAAAUUAGAUGAAGGGAUUGUUACGAGUUCUACUUACUCUAAAAAUAAGGCUAUUAGAGUAAAAUGGACUAAAGAGGAAAAUGAUUUAUUCUUUAAAGGAUUGUCACUGGUUGGCUGUGACUUCUCAAUGUUAAAUCUCCUUUUUGAAAAUAAAACUAGAAAGAAUUUAAGAGACAAAUAUAAAAGUGAAAUGAGAAAAAGACCUUCUUUUGUAAAAAAUAUUUUAGAGUGUAUAAAAGAAUUUAAUAAAGAAGAUUUUAAUAAAUUAAGAGACAAAUAA